CUCCCCGCGCGGGCUGGCGAGGGGAAAGGCGGGCUGACAGGGCAUCGCUAAGCGACCAAGAUGCGCCUAGUCAGUCAGGUGAAGGAGCCUAGCAGGCGGAAGCACUGAGAUAGCUUUGGGAUGGACCGCAGAUGCUGAACCCAUCUAGGUCCCAGAUAUCCAGGCCCCCAGAAGCUCCCAACAUGCCAGCCACAGACCCCAAGUCCUCUGAGCCGUAUGAGGAGCCCUGGCCUUCCAGCUCAGAUACCCCUUCCCCACCCAGCAGCACUGAGGGACAGAUAGGCGCAUCCCCACCACCAACCCUGACUAACAGUGUGGACUCUGUGGUGGCCAAAUACAUAAACAGGUUUCGCCAGGCUCAGCCAACCAGCAGAGAGGAGCGCCAGCCUGCAGGCCCAACUUCAGAUGACUUUUGGUGGCUACAGCCUGAAUCUUCAGACCCCAGCAGUCUUGUAGCAGCAGGAACCAGUGAACCAGAAAGAGGACUGAAUACAGCAAUUCCAACUCUUGCCAAAGUGGCCAGCGCAUCUCAGGCUAAGGCUAUGGGCCCCCUUAAGGAAAUAAAACAGAACCUCAACACAUGGAACUCAUCCCUGCUGGACCUAGAGACACUCAGCUUGCAAAACAGAGCUGCACAGCUGCUAAAACGCAGCAAGGUCUCCUCCUCCUCCUCCUUCAGUCCCAGUGAUGCCAGUAAUUCGUCCUUGCCUGUCAGCUCUGAUGGCCUCUCUCCCUUCUCCAUGGCCUUCACCCCCGACUCCAGCAAAGGCUGUGACCCUAGAGCACCUGCACCCCCAGUACCGGACCCCAUUCCUUCCACGGCCCCAGUCUCCGCUCAGGCACCUCUGAGGCCGGAGGAUGACAUUUUGUACCAGUGGCGGCAGCAGCGGAAGCUUGAACAGGCUCGGAAGCUCGAGCAGACUCAUCAGCUCGAACAGGCUCCAGGAGGGCAGGGUGAUGGGACCUGGGUGCUGCCUCGGACCCCUGCCCUCGCCCCUCCGGUCCCCAUCCCCAUCCAUCAGCAGACCUACCUUGUUCCUGAGGAGACCCGUGCCUCCCUGAGAAGUCGGCCUAGCUGCGUGCCACCUUGGGGCGAUGUGGCCCGACCUGGUCCCCCGGAGGCCUUCUAUGUGGAAAGGCCUUCUGUGCCCCCAGGCUACUCUCCACAGAUCUUUUGGGGUCCCAGCCCUCAGGGGGUCUUCUGGGCCCCUCAGUCUGCCCCCUGGAUACCUCUCGGGGCUAUUCCUCCUAUGCCUCCUGCCUCUGGCCCUGCGCCCCCUGCUUCUGCCCCUGCACCCCCUGCCUCUGCCCCUGCGCCCCUUGCCUCUGUCCCUGUGCCCCCUGUCUCUGCCCCUGCGCCCCCUGCCUCUGUCCCUGCGCCCCCUGCCCCUGCGCCCCCUGCCUCUGCCCCUGCGCCCCCUGCCUCUGCCCCUGCGCCCCUUGCCUCUGUCCCUGCGCCCCCUGUCUCUGCCCCUGCACCCCUUGCCUCUGUCCCUGCGCCCCCUGCCUCUGCGCCCCCUGCCUCUGCCCCUGUGCCCCCUGCCUCUGUCCCUGCGCCUCCAGCUGCUGCUCCCUUGUGCCCCGCUGUCACCCACGGCCCUCCAGUGGCUGCUCCAAGCAGCCCCACCCAGCCCAAGGGCCGAGCUCCGCCCGGGGAACAGGCUGAGCCAGUCCUCACAGCUGGGGAGGGCCCAGGCCCCCUGCUCCGAGGCGCGCUGGGCCAGGUAGUGAGCGCCCGACUCUUUGCUGACAGCCCGGAGGACACACCCUCUCGCCUCACGUGCCCCCAGUCGGAAUCGCCCAAAAUGAAGGCCACACACAAGGUUAAGACCCGGCUCUGGGAUUCACAGGCUCUCCCGGCAAAGACCCCGCAGAGGUCCAGGUGGCCCGAGGCCACGCCCCCUGCUGCUGGCUGGGUGUCUGGGAAGGACAAAGGCGGCUGCCGGGUGGGAGCCGGGCUCCCGCAGCACAGGGCCACGCCCCCUCCAGCUUUGGACGCUGCGGCUGGAGUUGAGGCCACGCCCCCUCAGGGCCAGGUGGGGGCCCUUGCGGGCUACGCCCCUCCGGAGCACCUCUUAUUCCAGGCCGCCCGCCUUCUGGAGGCUGCAGAAGACUCCGACGGCAGUGAGUUCCAGGACGACCCUGUACUGCAAGUACUCAGGGUCCAGAGGGCAGAACUGCGGCAACAGAAAAGGAAAGUGGACGCCCAAUUAUUCCGCCUGCUGGACAGCACCGAAGAGCCAGGGCCUUGGUCUCCUCCAGUCCAGUCGUCUCCCAGGUCUCCAAGGAUGUGGCUGCAGAGGGAGGGUGACUCUCUUGAAGCCAGAUGACUGAAUUUGUACAAAUUUUCUUUUUCCAAUUAAAAAAAAUUUUAAUUGUU